AAACUGCAGCGAGUGAAAAGAAACAAAGUAGAUAUAAAGUCAAUCAAACAAGAGAAUAGAGGGAAAAGCGUUUAAAACUUAAGACUUUUUAGAUUCUUGGCAAAUCAAUAUACUCAAAUUUAUUAAGGAACUAUGUCGAUGUUUAAAUCUAGAUACCUUAGGUUUGAAUGCCUUACCAGAAAAUAUUUAUUGAAAAAUAUAACUAGUUAUAGUAUAAUAAUUGAGAUGCAGAAAAUCAAUCCCAACUUAUUAUUGCUGUGCAUCAUUUUUUUUGUGCUCCUUGGACAAUAUUUUCGGGAACCACUGAAAUAUAAAGUGGUAAUCGAGCCACCCCUGGAAUGCAAACCUGAAGAAAGGGGUCUCGACGUCAACACGUCGGAGUGCCAAAUAAUUGCCAUGGAUCCCCUGUCGCCCAUGGCGAUGUACCACAUGAAACCGAUGCCCAUAUACUGGUGCUAUAUGAUCAAGUUGAUAGAACCGAAAACCAUUGAUGGUCGCAAUUAUCUGUAUAUGGCCGCUGGACGGGAAAAACUGUUGAAAAAGCUUGGUGUUCGGAGGACCAGCGAAAUUACCUGCGGCUAUAAUCGCUUUAAGCGAAUAGACGAUUAUAACAAUGAGGACUUGGAAACUGAGAGGUUCGGCUUCAGCAGGUGGAACAAUUUCACGGAGGUGAUGUCGGGAAACAUUACAAUGCGCGUCUGGUGCUGGGUCGACUUUGGUCGUUUAGUUUAUCACGACGUCCUGAUGUUUCUGCCAAAGCCAGAAAUAAAGAAAAUAAAUUCUUCCGACACGGAACCCGCUAAACGUCUUUCCGUUUUGGUCCUGGGCAUCGACUCCAUUUCCCAUAUGCACUACCGCCGCUACUUCAGUCAAGUGAUGGACUAUGUGGACCGAUUUCCGCAUACGGAGAUGUGGGGCUACAACCGCGUUGGUCGAAACUCAUAUCCGAAUCUGGUGCCUCUUCUAAGUGGUCAAAGUGUUGAGGAGCUGGAGGCACCGACCGGCUGUUUUGGGGCAAACCAGAAGGCAAACUACGACCGAUGCCACCUCCUGUGGCACGAUUUCCAGGCAGCUGGUUAUGCCACCAUUUUUGCUGAGGACUCCCGCAUAGGUGGCACUUUUACCUACACAAAACCCGGAUUUAAACAACAACCUACUGACUUUUAUCUGCGCGGCGUUAUGAACGAGGUGCACAAGCGAACUCAAUAUUCGGCAAGGGGUCCAGUUGAAAUAACAUGCAGUGCCGAUCGAGUGUAUCACCAUAUUCUCUACGAUUUCAUCUACCGAUUAUUGCCGCAUAUGCAGGCAAGAAGUCGGGAUCGAGGAUUCUUUGCCUUUUUCUGGCAGACGAUGGGCGUCCACGAUUAUUUCCAGUAUGGCGAGCAAACGGACUUGCAGUACUACUUAAUAUUGCGCGCUCUACAUAGGCGCAAAAUACUUGAAAGGACAUUGGUUUUGAUUUUGUCCGAUCAUGGCCUGCGAUUUGGUCGUUACGUAAACACUUUUCAGGGAAUGAGGGAAACCUCACUGCCAACUAUGGUGGCCAUAUACCCUCGCUGGCUGGAAGAAAAAUUUCCUUUGGCGGUGGCAAAUCUUCGAACCAAUUCCCAUCGACUGAUGACCACAUACGAUCUGCACGAGACCCUCAAGGAUGUGGCGAACUUGGAAAACCUCAGUGAUGAGAGUAUACGCAAUAGAACUUUGAGACUACGUAACGAUCAUAACGUAUCUCUGUUUCUGCCAAUUCCCGAGAAGCGAAGCUGUUUUUCUGCACGAAUACCACUGCACUAUUGUCAAUGCGAUGGGUUUGUCAAGAUACCUUGGAAUGCGCUCAGAAUCCAGAGGAUCGCCAAGUUUGCAGUGGCGACCAUUAACAAACUGCUCUCUUCCUACAAGCAGUGCUCCAAGUUGCAGCUACUCAAUGUGGAGGACGCCUACCUUCGGAAAAAGCAAACCAACGACACGAUUACUGUUCGGCUGGUUACCAAACCGGGAAACGGUCAUUUUGAUGCCACAGUCCUUGCCAAAAAUGACAGCUCACUGCAAGGAGUUAUCACACGAACGGACCAGUACAAGUAUCAGUCCGCUUGCGCCCAAAAAGAACCCAUCGAGAUCUACUGCUACUGUUCCUAGAAAUUUUCUUUUCUACUCGAAAUAAAAACACAUGAGCUUAUAUUGA